CACCAACCACAACCCCAGCUGAGUCUCCAGCUGCUUCUCCAGGUAUUGAGACACCUGGUAAAGGGUUCAUAUUAUCUAGAACCAGUACUUUGGUAUCACCAACCGCAACCCCUGCUGAGUCUCCAGCUGCUUCUCCAAGUAUUGAGACACCUGGUAAAGGGUUCAUAUUAUCUAGAACCAGUACUUUGGUAUCACCAACCACAACCCCAGCUGCAUCACCAGCUGCUUCUCCAGGUAUUGAGACCCCUGGUAAAGGGUUCAUAUUAUCUAGAACCAGUACUUUGGUAUCACCAACCACAACCCCAGCUGAGUCUCCAGCUGCUUCUCCAGGUAUUGAGACACCUGGUAAAGGGUUCAUAUUAUCUAAAACCAGUACUUUGGUAUCACCAACCACAACCCCAGCUGAGUCUCCAGCUGCUUCUCCAGGUAUUGAGACACCUGGUAAAGGGUUCAUAUUAUCUAGAACCAGUACUUUGGUAUCACCAACCACAACCCCAGCUGAGUCUCCAGCUGCUUCUCCAAGUAUUGAGACACCUGGUAAAGGGUUCAUAUUAUCAGGAACCAGUACUUUGGUAUCACCAACCACAACCCCAGCUGCAUCACCAAGCACAAUACCAGCUGUAACCCCAGCUGCAAGCCCAACCACUGAAACAUCAGACAAAGGACUGUUCUCAAUGUUUACCAGAACAAGUUUAGAUUCUCCUUCAUCUGCUCUAUCUCCAAUUCCAAGUCCUCAAAUGUCCCCAGUGCAGAGUCCUGCAGUAGGUCCAACAGCUGAAAUGGCAUCUAAAGGCAUGCUGUCAAAGCUUGGUCGAUCCGGUUCAGAGCCACUCCAACCACAGUCAGAGCAGACACCUGCAUUCUCUCCAACAGAAACUUCACUCAAAGAUAUCCCAUCACAGAACAUUACAAGGUCUGAAUUGAUUACUUCCCCCCAGGGAAGUUUAAUUGAGGAACAAGCAGAAGUAACUGUCCCUGAACCAGAUAGAACAUUUUCAUUAACAUCGGCCGCAGUUGGCUCAAACGCAGGUCUGUCUGAGGAGAAAAUAACUCCUCCAGAUUAUCUCUCCAUAGUGGUUCAAUCCUCAGAGAAACUUCCAACUGAUGGUUAUUUACUGACUGAGCCUCCUCCUGUUCCUCGGAGGAGACUACCUCACCUAUUUAUAUCACCUCCAAGUCCACAGAAUGAAACCCUAGGAGAGCUUGACAACUUGGACUCAAGUGCACCCUUUAUCCAAAAACAGGAAUCCUUAGAGGUCAUUGUUCCUGGGGAGUCUACACCCACUGAGGUAGUUCCCCCGGAGCUCCAGGAUUCUCUAUUCUGCAAGAUCAAUGAGCAGUCUACCCCUCCUCAGGAUGAGACAACAACUGAAGUCACUCUUCGCGAGACAACCCCAUCACUAGAGAAGCCCGCAACUAUACCACUGGAGGAUUCUGUUCUUAGUCAGAAAGAGUCUGUGCUUGAAGUAACAGCCUCAGAAGAAGCUAUGUCAGUUGUUGAAGUUAAAGACAGGGCUGUAGUAAUCAGUGAACCAGUGUAUGAGGAUUUGUCACCCAAGGAAGAGAGCUCUACUCCCGAGGUAACGUCAUCUGAAGCCGCAGUGCCUCCUGAGAUCACAAAUGAAAAGGAUGCUUCUUUUGAGUCCAGUCCUGAACCUUCUCCUGAAACAGAGAGUCUAUCACCUAAGGAGGACAUUUCAGUCCCAGAGGUUGCUCCACCAGAGGCCACAGCCCCCAAAGAACAAGAGAAAGGCAUUUUCUCCAUGUUUGGUGGCUCCAGUGCCAGUCCACAACAAUCUGGAUCAUCAAUACUCGGAGGCAUCCUCCCUGGCUCCUCAACUCCAAAAGAAACUCCUGGAACAGGUUUGUUUUCCAUGUUUGGUGGCCCCAGUGCUCAGCCUCCAGCUGGACCCAGAGGCCCAGCACCAACAGCACCAUCUGGAGGAAUGUUUUCUAUGUUUGGUGGACCUGCUGCUCAAUCACAACCUGGCCCAAGAGGGCCUCCACCUCAAGAAAAAGGGCUAUUUUCAAUGUUUGGAGGAUCUACUCCUCAGCAACCACCCAUGCCUAGAGGUCCCCCUGGACCCAGUCCACAAGGUCCUCACAUGGGCCCAAGAGGUCCAAUGGGUCCAAGAGGACCUAUGGUCCCAAGAGUUCAAGGUCCAAUGGGUCCAAGAGGACAUAUGGGCCCAAGAGGUCAAGGCCCUCCGGGCCCAAGAGCUCCUAUGGGUCCAAGGGGCCCUCAAGUUGGUGCUGCCCCACCAAGAGGCCCUCCAGCUGGGUCUUCUAUGUUUGGUGGUAUGUCUUCAAUGUUUGGUGGCCCUCCAGCCCCAGCCUCAGCAUCUGGAGGAAUGUUCUCUAUGUUUAGUGGAUCCAGCCCACAAACACCCCCCAGUCAGAACCAAGCAGGUGCACCACCAGUGACCUCCAUACCAUCAGAGCCAGAGGGUCUAGGAUCUAAAGUCUCUUCCAUCUUCUCACUUGGUGGAGGAAUUGAUCAGAGCAAAUCUAAGACUAGUGGCUUUGGAAUCCUUGGCAUGUCAUUCAUGGAAGACAAAAAGCCUGAGGAAAUGAAGCCUGAAGAAACAACUGUUGAAAAGGAAGAGGUUGUCCCUGAGCAGGCAACAUCAGAGACAAAGGAUAUUAUGGAUGAAACUUUGACUCUAAAUGAUCAGCUCAUUAGCAAAGAUAUUUUGGAAGGUCUACCGCCUGAGUCUACACCAGCCGUGUCAGUGGAAGGUGAACUAAGAAUGGAUGAGAAACUCGAUGAGGCUAAAGAAAGUACUACUCCACCAAUAGAUACUCAGCCUGAGGUGGAGCCUCUGCCGAAAGCAGAUGAACCUCCAGCAACAGAGCAACCUUUAGCACCAGUUGAAUCUACCACCACUGAACAACCAAUAUAUAUUGGCAAGCUCUUUGAACGUGAGAAACCAAUGGAAUCAACUGAGGUGAAAUUAGAUGACACAGAGCAACAAUUGGAAUCAGAGAAACUACCAGAAUGUGAAACACUAGUAGAAGCUGCUAAACCAGUAGAAUCCGAAAAGCCCUUGGAAUCUAGCAUGGUUUCAGUGGAAGCAACUCUGGGAUCAGAAAAGAAUGAUUUGGAAUCUGAGAGGGCUGAUUUGGAACCAGAGAUGUCUGUCAUUGAAAUCGAGAAGUCUGUAGAGGAAGACAACAAGGCUGUGAAAACAACAACAGCUACAGAAACAUCUGCUCUGGCAGAGGUUGAAUCAGAAAAGGUUGGUAUAGAAUCUGAGACCAUAACUAUAGAAGUAGAGAAAGUAACAAAGGAAAUAGAGAAACCUGUGGAAUCUGUUCCAUCUCCGACUGAGGAGAGACCAGCUGAAAUAAGCCAUCCUUCAGUGAUAGAGCAACUUCAGGUGACAGGGCCUAGUCCUCCACCUCCAAUUGGGCAGCAGUAUCCUCCUGGUCAGAUGUCACAACAACAACAGCAGCCCAGACCAGGCAUGGCAAGACCACCUGGCCCACCAGGUCAAAGAAUGGCAGGGCCAAGGAUGGGAGGACCCCGUAUGGGAGGUCCUAGAGGUCCUGGCCCAAGAAUGGGUGGACCAAGACCACAACAGAGGGCCCCUGAGCCAUCUGGAUUUGGUGGAUUCAUGUCCAUGUUUGGUGCCCCUGCUGCCUCAAACAAACAAGCAGCUUCCAGUGGCUUUUUCUCAUCCCCACAGACUUCAUCCUUUGGGUCAUCACCUGUUCCUCCUCCUGCUUCUGGUCAGCCGCAGCAGAAACGCUCCUUCUUUGGUCUGCCAGCCAACCUCCCCACUGAGUCCCUGACUAGUGACCUGUUUGGUAUGUUUAAUAAAGAGCAAGAGCCACCUAAACCACUAGAGACUUUACCUCAAGAACCCUCAGGACCUUCUGAAAAUGAGACUGUCUCUGGGACAGGUGAUGUAAAGGACAGUUGUGACCCUGAAAAGUCAGCACUGUCAGAAGAGGCAGAUGUGACAACCGAAGGAGGGCCAACUGAAGAUACCCAGAGGCCUAGUGAGGAGGAGAGAGAAGCUCUUUCUGAAGGAGAGGUAACCCAUGAGGAGCCUGGUGUCGUUUCUCGAGAGCCUGAUUCUUCAGGGGUUGAUAAAGCUGGACCAUCUCCAGCUGCAGAGCCUAAGGGCAUGUUUGACAUCCCUAGUCUGGCUCCAUCUACAUUCGGCUUCAUGUCAGGAGCAUCUGAUGGUGCUUCAUCUCUCGGAUCCUUCUUCUCUUCAAUGCCUUCAACCCCACCUGCUACAGCGAAGACACCACAAGACGGUGGCCUCUUCUCUGGUUUUAAAGGCCUCUCGUCUGGUAUAUUUCAGGAAGAGAAACCUGCUAGAAAGGAGGAGCCUCCUUCUGCUGCAUCCAUGUUUGGGAAGACACUGGGCUUCCCAUGGCAGAGUGGCCCUGAACCUCCCAAAGCAGAAUCCCCUCCUUCUGUGGUCACCACUCAACCCAGAGCUCAGGGUGCUAGACCAGCUGAUGCUGACGAUGGUUUCAGUGAUGCAGAGGCAGACUCGGACGCGACAGAAGGCGCAGAUCCCAGUGACACGGAUGAGCCAACCGACACAUCCGGUAAAACAGGAAGCAUGGACAAGAGCCCGGGGAGCAGCGAGACACUGACGAUGCAGUCAGGGAUACCUUCAGAGGCAGUGUCCCUGGCAAUGUCUCUGUCAGAGGGUUCAGAUAAACCUAAGUUACAUAUCACCCCUCCUGAGGUAGGAAAGGACACCCUGUCUGAACCCCCCUCCUCUACAGAGCCCAAUGCAGCCAACGUACAGCCCAUGGACACACUUCUGAUGAAGGACCCCACUAAAAGCCCGGUGGACAGCAGCCGUUUUGGGUCAUCAGGGAACCUCAGCCAGGCCAGCUCCCAGCUCAGCUCUGAACCAGAGGCUCCACAGCCCACCAGCCCUCACCCCCCUCUCCACAGCAAACAGAAAGCCUCCUGGGAGGAAGAUGAGGAAGAGGAGAAGGGGCUGAGGGCUGUCCCAGAGCCAGGGUCCAACAAAGAUCUGAAGGAGUCCAUCAUCACACCGCCCAAACCCCUGGACAUCCGUGGGACAGAGAAACAGAUCAGCUUAUGUGAGCAUGGGCCUCCUCCCUGCUCUCCGGUCAGAGUACGUUGGCUGAAGGUCAUCAACAAAGUCAGAGUUCAACUGCUCGAGAGCCGAGAUGGAGACCCCAGCCUGCAUCCGUGGGCCAAGCCUGGUGGCGCCACGCCCUUUGGGAUCGACAGCAUGCCUGACCUCCGCAAGAGACGGCCUAUCCCCCUGGUCAGCGAGCUGGCAAUGUCCAUGUUGCAGGCCAGGAAGGCAGGGCUCUCCAUGGCUACAAAGACGUCCCAGAAGGACCAGGAGCUGAAGAACCACGUGUAUAAGAAAACCCUGCAGGCUCUGAUCUACCCCAUCUCCUGCACCACGCCCCAUGCCUUCCAGGUGUGGACCGCCUCCACACCCACCUACUGCUAUGAGUGUGAGGGACUGCUGUGGGGCAUCGCCCGCCAGGGCAUGAGGUGUGCUGAGUGUGGGGUCAAAGUUCACGAGAAGUGCCAGGAGCUGCUCAACGCUGACUGUCUGCAGAGGGCGGCUGAGAAGAGCUCUAAGACGGGAGCAGAGGACCGGACCCAGCAUAUCAUCACAGCCAUGAAGGACAGGAUGAAGAUCAGGGAGAGGAACAAGCCGGAGAUCUUUGACGAGAUCAGGGCUGUGUUUGCCGUCACUAAGCUGCUCCAUGCGCAGCAGAUGAAGACCAUAAAACAGAGUGUGUUAGACGGAACCUCCAAGUGGUCUGCCAAGAUCACCAUCACAGUUGUCAGUGCUCAGGGUCUCCAGGCUAAAGACAGGACUGGCUCCAGUGAUCCCUACGUGACCAUUCAGGUGGGGAAGACUAAGAAGAGAACCAAGACCAUAUACGGAAACCUCAACCCUGUGUGGGAGGAGAAAUUCAACUUCGAGUGCCACAACACGUCGGACCGCAUCAAGCUGCGUGUUUGGGACGAGGAUGACGACAUCAAGUCCAGGGUGAAACAGCGUCUAAAGAGGGAGUCUGAUGACUUCCUGGGUCAGAGCAUCAUCGAGGUCAGAACACUCAGCGGAGAGAUGGACGUCUGGUACAACCUGGAGAAGAGGACUGAUAAGUCAGCAGUGUCUGGGGCCAUCAGGUUACAGAUCAGUGUGGAGAUUGAAGGGGAGGAGAAAGUAGCUCCGUACCACGUUCAGUACACCAGCCUACAUGAGAACAUGUUCCAUUACUCUACUGACGUGGUGGGUCAGGGGGUGGUGAAGGUGCCUGUUGCCUAUGGAGACGAUGCGUGGAAGGUCUACUUCGAUGAGGUGCUGCAGGAUAUCGUAGAUGAAUUCGCCAUGCGCUAUGGCAUCGAGUCCAUCUACCAGGCCAUGACUCACUUUGCCUGUCUGUCCUCUAAGUAUAUGUUGUCGGGUAUUCCUGCUGUGAUGAGUACUCUGUUGGCCAACAUCAACGCCUUCUACGCCCAUCCUACAGCCAUCACCAACGUCUCUGCAUGUGACCGCUUCAAUGCCUCCAACUUCGGGAAAGAUCGUUUUGUUAAACUCAUGGAUCAACUGCACAACUCUCUUCGGAUCGACCUCUCCACAUACAGAAAUAACUUCCCAGCCAGUAGUAAGCCUCGUCUGCAGGACCUGAAGUCUACUGUGGAUCUGCUGACUAGCAUCACCUUCUUCAGAAUGAAGGUGUUGGAACUUCAGAGUCCCCCCAGGGCAGCCCAUGUUGUGAGAGACUGUGUGAAGGCCUGUGGUAACUCCACCUAUGAGUACAUCUUCAACAACUGUAUAGAGCUCUACAUGAGACAGUUCCAGCCUGCCGUAGAGCCUCCCAAGCCAGAGAAGAAGAAGAAGGAGAAGAAGAAGAAGGAGAAGAAACAGGGAGAAGAAGGGGAGGAGGGAGAGGAGGAGGCUGAGGAAGAAGAGGAGGAGGAGGAAGAAGAAGAGGAAGAGGAGGAAGUGAAGAAGGAGCCAGAGGAGACAGGGCCUACUAUCCACAACCUGGACUUCUGGCCGAAACUCAUCACCCUCAUCGUCUCCAUCAUAGAAGAAGAUAAGAACGCCUACACACCCAUCAUUAACCAGUUUCCUCAGGAGCUCAACGUGGGGAAGGUCAGUGCUGAAGUCAUGUGGACGCUGUUCGCUCAGGACAUGAAGUACGCCCUAGAAGUUUUUGAUAACAUCGACCACUGCCACUGGAACAAUGCGCCUGAAACAAUCCGAAUCCGCAGACUAGACUUUUACGCUGAGCACGAGAAACAUCGUCUGUGUAAGAGUGCUGACUACAUGAAUCUUCACUUCAAGGUCAAGUGGCUUUACAACGAGUAUGUGAUCGACCUGCCUGCCUUCCAAGACACUGUACCAGAGUAUUCUGCGUGGUUUCUGCAGUUUGUCCUUCAGUGGCUGGGUGAGAACGAGGAUGUGUCCAUGGAGUUUAUGAAUGGAGCUCUAGAGAGGGACAAGAGGGAAGGGUUCCAGCAGACAUCGGAGCAUGCUCUGUUCUCCAGUUCAGUAGUGGACAUCUUCACCCAGCUCAACCAGAGCUUUGAGAUCAUCAAGAAACUAGACUGUCCUGACCCCAAGGUGCAGGCCCACUACAACAGGCGAUUCGCCAAGACCAUCACAAAGGUGCUGAUGCAAUACUGUGCUAUCCUAUCCAAGGAGUUCCCCUCCUACUGCCAGAAGGAGAAGAUACCCUGUGUGUUGAUGAAUAACAUACAGCAGAUGCGGGUCUUGUUGGAGAAGAUGUUUGAGUGCAUGGGGGCUAAACAGCUGGAUUCGGAAGCUGCGGACAUCUUGAAUGACCUGCAGGUCAAACUGGCCACCGUCCUGGACAACCUGAGCGCCAUGUUCGGCAGGAGUUUCCAGGCCCGUCUCACCGUCUGCAUGCGUCAGAUGGCAGAGAUCCUGUACCAGAUCAAAGGUCAUCCCAACCGUCAGACAGCCGAGGCCGACGCUGACAACAUGCUGAGGCCCCUCAUGGAGUUCCUGGAUGGAAAUCUGAGUCUGUUUGCUGACACCUGUGAGAAGACAGUUCUGAAGAGAAUACUGAAGGAUCUGUGGAAGAUCGUCCUCAGCAGCUUGGAGAAGACCAUCAUCUUACCACCGAGCAACGACGGCUUCGGAGCUCAGAUACUGACUGCUGCCAAGGGACUGUCCAACCUGAAGGGAGGGGGCGAGGCCAAAAGCCUGACGCCCAAACAGUGUGUCAUCAUGGAUGCCGCACUGGAAACCAUCAAGCAAUACUUCCAUGCAGGGGGUAAUGGUCUGAAGAAGGCCUAUGUGGAGAAGAGUCCUGAGUUAUCUUCGCUGAAAUAUGCUCUGUCCCUCUACUCUCAGAGCACUGAUGCACUAAUCAAGAUCUUUGUAACUACACAGCACGCACAGGUUCAUAAUGGGAUGGGCAUCAGGAUUACCCCGAGUGAGAAGGUUCGGCCAGACAGAGGUUCAGGAGUGGAGAAGCCUGUUGGUGAGGCCCAGAUCCAGGUAGACAUGGUGCCUCCAGGCAAAGACAAGAUCCACAAGGUCAACAUCAGAGUGAUAGCGGUGAAUGACAUGAGGUGGCAGACAUCAGGGAUGUUCCGUCCCUUCGUGGAAGUCAAUAUGAUUGGUCCGCUCCUUGCAGCCCAGAAGAGGAAGUUCACCACCAAGUCAAAGAACAACAGCUGGACAGCCAAGUACAAUGAGACCUUCCAAUUUAUCCUGGGUAAGGAGUCUCCAGACUGCUAUGAGCUGCAGGUGACUGUGAAGGACUACUGUUUCGGCCGGGCCGACCGUGUUGUGGGCGUGGCCGUGGUCCAGCUCCGAGACGUGGCUGACAGGAAGUCGUGUGUGUGCUGGUGCCCGCUGGGCGGAACCAUCCAGAAGGACGAGACGGGCGUAACGGUGAUGCGUAUCUUGUCUCAGCGUGCGGCCGACGAGGUGGCCAAGGACUUUGUCAAACUGAAGGCCGAGACACGCCCUGUAGAGGAGGGCAGAUGAUGAGGAGAUGUGGAGAGAGGAUAGAUAGAGGAGAAAAGAGGUGGAG